CCAUGACAAUUGACCCGAGGGCAUUUUCUAUCACUUCAGUUCUUGCAUUAUAAAGCUGUUUCUCUACUUUUUACCACUAAAAAUAUAAAAACGGGUCUUGCCUAGUACCAGAUCUAGUAUGUACGGAGGAGUAUGAAGAGCCUUGCAUGGACUGUAAUGGUAGUUGGAAUUGGGAAUCCAUUCUGCUUCCAGCCCAGACCAUGAUAUAUGGUCUUCAGAUAUAUAAGGAACCUAACCCAUCAUAAACAAGUGGAAGCAGACAUUCAUACAAUGUUAAAUACCCACAGCAACAGCAAUAGCAAUGGCAACAGCAAUAGUAAUAGUAAUACUUUACACAGGCACAAGAUGUGGCUGUUGAUUGCAAUCCUGGUUUUGACACAAGCACCCGUGAACUCAGAAGAUGCCUUCGAGCAGAAAAAGGUCAUAAAUCCCGAGACUUUCAUGAAUGUUAGCCAAAUCAUCUGCCACAGAGGGUAUCUCAGUGAGGAGUAUGAAGUCCUGACUUAUGAUGGCUACUACGUCAGCCUUAACAGGAUUCCUUAUGGAAGAGCAAAUCCUAGGAACAGAGAGCCCAAGCCAGUUGUGUUUCUCCAGCACGGCUUACUCGGAGAAGGCAGCCACUGGGUGGAAAACCUAUCUAACAACAGCCUUGGCUUCAUACUCGCAGACUCUGGCUAUGAUGUCUGGCUGGGAAACAGCCGAGGGACGAGCUGGUCCCAGCGACACCAGCACCUUUCCGCUGACCAGGCUGAAUUCUGGGAUUUCAGCUUUCAUGAGAUGGCAAUGUACGAUCUCCCAGCCAUGAUCAACUUCAUCCUGCAGAAGACUGGACAGCAGCAGAUCUAUUACAUUGGCUACUCCCAGGGCUGCACGAUCGCAUUCAUUGCCUUUUCAUCCAUGCCAGAGCUGGCUCAGAAAAUCAAACUGUUUUUUGCCCUCGCUCCAGUAGUGACAAUCAAACACGCCAGAAGUCCCAUCAUGAGACUGUCCGUCCUUCUAGACAGGCAAUUCAAGACGUUCCAGCUCCUGCUCGGCAGAACGGAUGCCUCGCUGCGGAUUAGGAAGCUGUGGAGGUUUCUCCCCCAUCUCUGCAGGAACCCGCUGCUGCACAAGCCUUGUGCCAACCUCCUCUUCCUGCUGGGUGGCUACAAUGAGAAGAACUUCAACACGACACGGCUGGAUGUGUACACAUCUCACUAUCCAGAUAGGACAUCUGUCAAAACCAUGAUACACUGGGCCCAGGUGAUGAAAUCAGGAGAAUUCAAAGCCUUUGACUAUGGCAGUGAAAACCAAGCCGUGUACCACCAGGAGACACCUCCCUUGUACCGUGUGGAGGAGAUGCCCGUGCCCACCGCAGUGUGGUCAGGAGGAGAGGACUGGGCAGCUGACUGGAGAGACGUCAGCCUGCUACUGCCCCGCAUCACCCACCUUGUCACCUACGGCCACAUCCCCGACUGGAACCACUGGGACUUCAUCUGGGGCUUGGAUGCCCCCGAACGCCUCUACAACAGCAUCCUGGAACUGAUGGAGGGGUCUCAGUAGAGUGGUGGGUCCCCAGGGAGAUGCCAGUGGCCUGGCCCCUCUCCCUCAACUGGGACAUUCCAUGCUGUCCCCUCCUUACUGCUGGCCUGACACAGUUGUGGUGAUGGUGCUUCCCACACAGCCCUUGGUCAUCAGGGUUUGUCCUCCUCGCUUGGGAGCUCCUCAUGAACCAGUGAUGCUGCGCAGGCGGGCAGCACUGGGGCCAACUGAGGCAUCAGGGCAGGCAGGAGCCACCAGUCAAGCAGCCCUGCUGGAAAGGUGAUGCUGGAGGCACAUCCUGGCUGUGCAAGGGGGAUGUGGGGACCCUGCUGUGACCCCAGUGGGUUGGAGAUUAGAGCAUCCAACCCACAAGGAGAUGGGAAAGAGCUGGGAUUGUUGGGUCUGGCCAUGGGGAGGUGGGGGGUGUCUGAGUCCAGCCCCUAGUCACAGCACAGAAAGGGAUGGAGGGGAUGAAUGGAUGUAUGGCCAUGGCUCCCCUAUGAAGCUGCCACCAGGCUGGUGUCCUGCUGCGGUGCAUAUCCCCUUCCAUGUGGUCCCACCUCGCUACUUGCUGGAAAACCAGAGGUGGGGAAAAUACCUCCUAAAUAAAGAAUCAUCAGGAUUGAGGGAACUCUGAAGAUCAUCCAGUCCAAUCCCCUGGCAAGGCAGGGCCACCCAGAGCAGGUCACACAGGAAUGUGUCCAGGUGGGUUUGGAAUGUCUCCAGAAAGAGAGAUUCACAACCUCUCUGGGC